UCUACGGCUCGUCAGUUUGCAGCAGCAGUGUGGGAGUAACCAAACUCACAGCGAGAAUUGAGUAUCACCUUGACAAAUAGUAACACAUUUUGUACCUUUGCAUGUUAAACAGAGCGUAUUUUCAGUCACUGAAUGGAGCUAAAAACGCACCUGCUGCUUCUCGACUGACACUGAUUGACUGAAGAGGAAGCAACGCGUCGUCGGACUACAAGUAGCCUAAAGAGGACACUCAGGACCCCUUAUCCCCUCCAGGACUAAUCAAAGAGUAUGGUGAUGCCCUCUGUUUGAGCAGAGGGACGGACUGUUAAAGAAAAUGAGCAAAACAUAUGAAUCCAAAAACGUGUCUGAGGUGGAGGACCACAUUUCUCUGAAGUAUGAAAUCAGGAAGAGACUUGGAAAAGGGGCUUAUGGCAUUGUAUGGAAAGCAGUUGACAGACAGACAGGCGAGGUCGUGGCUGUGAAGAAGAUCUUUGAUGCCUUCAGAAACAGGACAGAUGCCCAGCGGACAUUCAGGGAAAUCAUGUUCCUCCAGGAGUUUGGAGAUCAUCCCAAUAUCGUCAAACUUCUAAAUGUCAUCAGAGCGCAAAAUGACAAAGACAUUUACCUCAUCUUUGAAUAUAUGGAUACUGACUUGCAUGCAGUGAUAAAGAAAGGCACCCUACUGAAGGACAUCCACAAACGUUAUGUGAUGUACCAGCUCUUCAAAGCCAUCAAAUACUUGCAUUCAGGAAAUGUUAUUCACAGAGACCAAAAGCCAUCCAACGUGCUGCUGGACACCGACUGUGUAGUCAAGCUGUGUGACUUUGGAUUGGCCAGAUCGCUCAACCAGAUCCAAGAGGACAGCGGGAAUCCAGCGCUGACGGAGUACGUGGCGACGCGGUGGUACCGAGCUCCUGAGAUCCUGCUGGGAUCUGCAAGGUACACUAAAGGUGUGGACAUGUGGAGCCUUGGCUGUAUCUUGGGAGAGAUGCUGCUGGGAAAAGCCCUGUUCCCUGGAACAUCCACCAUCAACCAAAUAGAGAAGAUCAUGAGUGCCAUACCUCACCCGAGCCCAGAAGAUAUUCUCGCAAUCAAGUCUGAGUAUGGAUCCUCUGUCAUUCAGAGAAUGUUACUAAAACCACAGGUGCCUUUGGAGGAUCUUCUCCAGCCAUCUGUGUCUCCUGAUGCUCUGGACCUGUUGAGAGGUUUGCUUGUUUUUAACCCCGACAAGCGUCUGACUGCUGAGCAAGCCCUCCAACACCAAUAUGUUGCCAGGUUUCAUAAUCCAGCCAAGGAGCCAGCUCUUAACUUUGACGUAGUGCUGCCAGUGGAUGAUGAUGUUCAGUUAUCUGUGGUUCAGUACCGCAACAAACUUUAUGAGAUGAUGCUGGAGAGGAGAACUAAUCAGGGGAUGCUCAGACUAAUCCAGCCAAAGAAUGGAGGCUGCAUGAGUAACACUGAGAAGCCCAAUGUGAAGGAUAGAGAUGAGAAGCGCCCAGUGGCAGCGAAUGAAGAUGGUGACCACAAGAGAGAAACGCAACAUGAAAAGACUGCAGAGGCAAACCACGUGCCUUCACACACAGGCGUCAUCAAACCCGCGCCUGUAAAUGUGUCAGCCCUGCCUGCUGUGGAAAAGACAAGUCCAUUAUCGAGCCCUGGCUUGGGGAAACUCACAUAUAACCCGAUCACACAUGCCCCAAAUGGUUUUGUUCGUAAUCCAGCCGGUGCUCCUCAUUACUCCUCCUCCACCGCAGCCUGCAGGAAACUAGUAGAACAGACCAGUAAUGGAAGUGCAACAACGUCACCAACAGAGGGCGCCAAUGCCAACGUAUCCAUGGACCAGAUUCUGCAGCGUGGUCGCUCAGCGCCUGCGGCCCAUAACCGCUCCUUCUCCUUGACCCUAAAUCAAACCCAGAACAACCCGCUGGUUCGCAGGGAUGAGUCGUCCCUGUCCUCUGGGCUAUAUGUCACAUCUGCACGCCUGAACCAGCGCUCCAACUCUCAAGUUCGUGAUGUUCAGCCACCGGUACGGUUCAGCAAGAAAGUAUUUCAGAGUAACUGUAACGUGGCAGCUGCAGGCGACCCCAAAGCCAAACUGGGCAGCUAUUCACAGGCCUAUGGUACCAUCAACAAGACUGAACUGGACAAUCUGCUGCGAAGCCGCCCUUACAACCAGUAACUGCUGUCAUGUCAGCUGUUACGUAGGGGCCGUGGCCGGGGUUGGGUGGCGUGUGUUUGAACACAUAACAAGGUUUGGCUAUCACCAAGUUGUUAGACACCUGGCAAACUGAAGAGAACUUGUAAAAAGAAAGUGAAGACUGUUACCUCUUGUACACUAUGUAGAUUGUAUUCAUGCAGACAUGUCUGUCUGUCUGUCAUAAUGACUACAUAUUUGUAAAAAUCUAGUGUGAAUUCAUAAUAAAUUUAUCAUAUUGCACCAGCAAGUCAUGAA